AUGCCGAAAGUAACUGGGCCAAUCCCUAACUCUUUCAGCAAACUCAAAAGACUAGAAAAUCUCGACCUUGGCUCCAACAGCCUUAGUGGGCCAAUCCCUGAAUUUCUGGGCAAGUUGAAGCGCCUCCAAGAGGUUGAUUUGUCCAACAACAAGUUAUCCGGUGCUAUUCCGGCGUCGCUCGACAACCUACAGUCUCUUUCGCAGUUCAAUGUUAGCUUUAACCAGCUCUGUGGUGCGAUCCCUACUGGGUUGAGCAAGUUUGCAAAGAGUUCGUUUGAGCAUAAUAAAUGCCUUUGUGAUGCUCCUUUAGCACCUUGCAAGGGAGGCCUAGCUAGCACCAAGUAA